AUUACAUUGGACUACAGAGCAAAGGCAGAUUUGCUGAAGUCUUUCUUGCUUCAUCUCCCCCCACACCACAGAGCAGCCUCCUCCUCCUCUGCUGGGUGCCAACAGACAGCACUGGGGCCAGGGUUAGGCAGAGUUGAAAAUAAGAAAUCAGACCUCCUCACAGAAAGGGUUGGGUAUUCCUUGUCAUCCCCCCUGAUGACUACAGCACCACAAACAAGAUUCCCAAACACUCUCAGUGCCAUCUGGGCAGCCAAGUUCCUCCAGCAGAAACUACUCAGCAGUGGAACGAAUGGGUCAGGCAAUCUGCUCUCCUGAAGUCAAGCGAGGUUUUGCAGCUCCCAAAUCUGUGCCAGUGAGCCUACUCAGACAGCUCCUCAAGAAUGGCAACCCUCAACAGCACUCACUGGAAUGAGACUACUACAUCCAUUUCCCAGUACCUGGGCUUCCAAGUGCAAAAAAUUUACCCUUUCCAUGACAACUGGAACACUGCCUGCUUUGUUAUCCUGAUCAUAUUCAUCUUCACUGUAGUUUCUCUGGUGGUGCUGGCUUUCCUGUAUGAGCUGCUGGACUGCUGCUGCUGCGUGAAAAACAAAACUGUCAAAGACUUGGAGAACGAGCCCAAUCCCGUCAGAGCAAUGAUGAACAGCUUCAGGAAGCGCGAAACGGAGGUGGUGUAGGAAGCACUGAGCACCUGCACUUGGAGAGCAAACUCGGUUUGACACCUCGAAUGAAGCCUCUUGUACCUUACAAAUGAGCAAGUCACGUGCUUUUUUUCUUUUGGACCUAAAUAUCCACGGUUGCAAUUUUAUCUCUGGAUGUGAGCUGGAAUAAUUGCAAAGGCUUUCCAAGUGUUUGGCAGAAAGACAAUCUAUUGCAGUGCUAUGGGAGGGAAAAAGGUCUUUGUUUUUAGAUGAACUUUUGCUGUUUAUAUUGGGUGACUAGAAUAGAAUUUUGUCUACCUGACUGAACAAAUUUUGCCUAACAUGCAUAAAACUGUUGUUUAACUGAAGAAAACACUUAUAAAAUGCUCAACAGUCUGAUCAUAUUCAGUGCAAAGUCAGCAGGGUUGUCCCACCAAGUCAGCCACACAGGUACAGGACAGACAGACAAGGGGUAAGAAAAAAGUUGGGGAGAGAAGGGUUGAAUGGCAGGAGAGGACUGGGUAAAUUUUAGCCUUUGGCAGCACUUUUUGUUAUGGGUUUCUUGCUUUUAGAAGAGAGAGUGGUGGGAGGAAAACUAAGCCAACCAGAAAUGCAUCCCUAAAGCGGUCUUUUCUAGUCCUCCUAAGGGUACUUUGACCCUUUCUUUCCCCACUUCUUCAGUUCCAGGGAACUGUUCUCCCCUUACUUCAUAUGCAGUCUGGCUAACCACUUCUGUCUGUUAAGACCUGUGUAACCCAUUACCUUCAGAAUAUCUGACCCUUUCCAAAAAUCCUGCUGGAAAUGAACAGAGACAAUUCUGAACCCUAAGGCAGCUGCUUCUGUGGCAACCACAACACUACAGGGAAUUGCACAUGCUGGAUCUGUCAUCCCUAUGCCAAACUUCCAAAGCCAACUGGAAGUGAUGGAGCUCUUGCCAAGAAUGCAGGGAGAUGGGCCACAGACCUCCCACACUGAAGAAGGGGAUGCAGCUUUCAGGUGCAAGCAUGUUUCACACAGGAGGCCACAACAGGAUCAGCACUGUGCUAAGAGGGCAGCUUCACUGUGCACAAGAGAAUCUCCCUUGGCUUCAUCUGCCUGCUGAUACAUCCCAGAGUUCACACUCACCCCUUCCUCACGUCCUCACCACACAACUCUCACACCUCUGGCUCACCACUCCUCUGUAGCUAUGCUGUGUCUGGGAUUUUUAAAAGCCUUCAAGUUUUGCAGCUACAAAUGGCAACUGUAACAACAGUGCCCAACGUGGCCAUCAGUAACUCCUGGCAAGUCCUUCCCACUCCUGAACCCACACGGAAAUGUCCCAGAGCAAAGCUACACACUGGACAAGCUAUUUAACUGUAUCGACCCCAGAAAACAUUCCUGCCAUGAAGGAGACAAAAUCCACCCAAAUGGCCACAGCCAUAAGUGACUUCACAGUCCACCCAUGUCUGAAAAACCUUUGUGCCAUGGCCAGUACCUAUAAUGAUAUUUUUUUUCAUAUAUAUAUAUAUUUAUAUAUAUAUAUAUAAAAAAAAUCCCUCUCUCAGGUUGAGCAUGACUAAGCUCCAGAAGAUCUGGACACAGUGGAAGACUUGCUAAUAGACACAUGCUGCUCCUGGUUGGUGAGAUGGAGUCACAAGACACCCAAGGCACAAUGAACUAGCACAGCUAGUCCAGUGAUUCACCUGGAGAAGCAAACUCCCUCCUGCAGUCACAAAUCCUCACAACCACUCAUCUCAGACACACUUCUUACAGUCAAGUUUGGCCAGGACCAGUCCCCCGUGCAGAGAAUGCUUCAAGCUCUAAAUCAAAAGCACAACUGAUGGGAGCCCCAAGUACAAGACAAUUCAGGACUCCCAUCAAGACGUACGACAAAGAAAACGUCAGUGGUGACAACAAUGACACGUCACCUUCUGCUGUAGGUGACAGCAUCAGACUGCAAAGUCCUGCUCAAGAGGCCACAGCAGCCAUUGGGAUGCACUGAAUUAAUUAAUGUCUCUUUCCUAAAAGCAAAUGCCCUGGACACUGUCAGCAUUCCCACAAAAUGCCCAUCAGGGCUGCACAGCAGAGGGCAGUGUGUGCAACACGCAGCCUCUGCUGCUCUGGCAAUGCCUUCCCGAGAAGCACAUGGAAUGACAAACCUUGGGACUCAUCCCAGCUUUUUUUAUUUCAUAGGUCUGCAAAGGGGAAUGGCUGUGGGCACAAGAAACAGAAGACAAAGGUGUCCCCUUGCACAGUACCAGAGAAGACUCAGGACGAUUCUUUCCCACGAAAUAGCCCCUGAAGAUUUUGGCUCUUGACUACUGUUGGCGGAGACCGCUGAGACAAAGGUCUUCAGACAAAGGCCACAGCCACAAUUUACUACUGAUUAAUAAAAUGAAACAAACAGA